AUGGAAACAUUUUAUUCAAAACAAAAUAUAGUUCGAAAUGUAAUUCCAUGCAUGACUACUUCAAUCUCUGGAUACAAUGAAGUUCAUUCUUCAAAUUUUAAUGAUUUCCAACAAGCUAAUUCAACAACUAUUAAAGCGAAAAAGAGAAAAUGGAACGCUGAACAAUCUAUUUAUGACAUCAAUUGUUAUUCGGGAAUUCCAAAGAGAGUGGUUCCAAACGAAUUACAUUAUCAACAGCGACCAUCAGAAGAUUCGCUUUCCAUACUCAAACUAGAUUUAUCUGCUUUAUGUCCUGGACAUUCAAAGGAUGCCAGAUCAAGUAAGAACCCAUCUUUGAAUGAACACCAAUCCGAGAAGGUUUUAUCUUUAUUGGGUCCCCUCUUUACACCACCUUCAGAAUCUCCAACAAAAGAACCAUCUCGGAAAACUAUACCGUUAAAUAGCUCUCCUUGUUUGAAUGAACGUUCCAUGGAAGAAGCUUUAGCCUUACCCGAGCUAGGAUUAUCUCCAAAAAGACAUUAUAAAUCUGAUUUAAAUUUGUUCAAUUCUGAAUCGACAUGUUUGUUUAAUUCGAAACCUGCAAAAACAUCUUUGAAUUAUUUGAAUCAAGUAUUUCCUAAAUUAAAUAGGGAAAGAUAUGUUGAAAUCGAAGAUCCUAUGGAGAUAACAAACUAA